AAGAAGAUUGCCAAGACCCUGAAACUGAACUGCAUCGGUUUAUCAGAACAGGCCUCACCAUGGUCGUCCAAAGAAGUUGAGUGCACAUGCUCAGCAGCAUAUCCAGAGGUUGUCUUUGGGAUAUAGACAUAUGAGUGCUGCCAACAUUGCUGCAGAGGUUGAAGGGGUGGGGGGGGUUAGACUGUCAGUGAUCAGACCAUAUGCCGCACACUGCAUCAAAUUGGUCUGCAUACGUCCCAGAAGGAAGCCUCUUCUAAAGAUGAUGCACAAGAAAGCCUGCAAACAGUUUGCUGAAGACAAGCAGACUAAGGAAAUGGAUUUCUGGAACCAUGUCAUAUGGUCUAAUGAAACCAAGAUAAACUUAUUUGGUUCAGAUGGUGUCAAGCGUGUGUGG